AUGGAUGGCCUCAUUUUCUUUGUUGUGUUCCCGAUGGUCGACAUUCCUCUUAUCUCGUGGGCAGCAGCGUGGAUCAAGCUCUUGCUUGCCCGGCUCCACGUAUGGAUGAUCCGCCGAACAUUCAAUGCCCUGAAGAGGGAUAUCGAAACCUGGGAAACUAAAAUGUUUGUCUGGGCGAAUGAGUUUCGUGAGCUCAAGAAGCAAUUGAAUAUGGAAAUGGCGGCAUCACCGGCUUGGGAAAACCGUCUGCACGCGAUUCAACGAGACAGACCCACCCCAGUACAAGCAAUGUUUGUGCAUGACGAGACGGAGAGAUUAAAGGCCAGGACGCGCUGGUUUCGACACAAGCUUAUUCUUUUAUUGAAGGAGAGAAAGUCUCUUCUUGCUAUGCGUAUGAACCAUCUUGAGAGGCUGGGAAUCCUUGAGCAAUCGAUCAACCUAUUUCGGUUGGCAAACAGCACUGUAUAUCGAGGUGUCUUGCUUGUUACUGAUGAUCAUGCAUAG